AACAGCCUUUCAGGAACGCUUGUAUCGAGUUUUUGUCGCAUUUGUACAACAAACAACAAUGUAGAUUGGUCCAUUUACGAAACAUUGAAUGAAGAUGAAGCCACGACGAACCUGCAUAUGAUGCUGGUUAAGCUCUACCCAACAGUGUUCAAUGAGUCGCAGGUACUCUGUGAUGAAGCCUUGAAAUGGCCCAUGAAAAUAUGCAAGGAAUGUAAGGCUAAAGUGAUAGAAUCGUACAGGUUCUAUGAGCGCUGUACAAAGAGCGCACGUAGCUUGAGAACGAUUGCUUUGAAAGAAGAAUCUACCACUGACACCGUGCAUGAGGAGAAGGAUGAUCAUCCCGCAGUGAUCAAAACAGAAUUCAUUGAAUGUGAGGAACCUAUUCUGUACAAAGUAGAAUGUGGCUCAAAGGAGCACAGUUCAGCUUACAGAAAAUGUUACGGGAGUUCACCUACACAUGAUGUUUUCAGCGACACUGAGGAUAGUUUGCCUGCAUCUUCUAGCAGCUCUUCUGCCCACAAAAUGAAGCCAAAAGAAUAUAUUAAAACCAACCGUGAUUUGAGAGCAAUUUCUAGAAAAACUCAUUCUGGAUGUUCGUCUGCAGAUGCACGUAAGCGGAAAACUCUAUCAAACACGGACCGAGCGAAAAUAAUAUUUGCAUUCAAAAAAGGCGUUCCUGGGACUGAAAUUUCCAAAUCAUUGCAAAUUAAUACAAGUACCGUUUCCAGUGUCAUUAGUAAAUAUCGAAAGACUGGAAUAAUUCAUGGAAACAAGCGAGGAGGGUCUAAGGGAAAAAAGUUGAGUGAAAUUCACGUUUCUCGUAUAAGAGCUUUGCGCGAGGAAAACAGUUCUAUAUCACUUAAAAAAAUAAGUCAAAAGGUAGAAGAGGAAUUCGGUAUCGUAGUGUCUCACACGACAAUUGCGAAACAGUUUGAGAAGGUGAUUAAGAAAGCACCUAAGGCUGAUGAAGUUUUCAGUUCAGAGGAAUUUAUACAAACCUUUAUUCCAUAGAUAAUAAGCCAGUUAGUUUUGAAAAAGGGUCAUCAAAGUGAAGACGAAUGAAAUUUGAAAACUAGAAUGAUCAUUUAUCCAUGCAGUUUUAUGCUUUAAGUGAAAUUAUCAAGUAUUGUACUUGUAGAUGGCCUAGGUAUUGAAGAAAACUAUGACCGUGGCACCAAAUUACAGCGGACCAUACCAAAAAACUGGUAAGGUCAAGUGACAGCGUACCAUACCAAAUGCAACCUAGCACUGCUUGGUUACAGCGCACCAUACCAAAAUCGGUUUUCGACACUUGGCCGUAUCAGUUUUUUGGUAUGGUACGCUGUAAUGUAGUCCCAUGGUGAGACGUUGAUUUUCCGGGGCCGGAUUAUGCGUAAAUGGAAAAAAAACUUGAAAGCCUCACAACUGUCUUGAACUUUUUGUACAAAUGCAUGAUUUGUAAGAAUUGCUGUGAGGGCAAUGUUUCAAUUCAUUCUCAAAACGCAUAUGGGACAUUCAUAUUUGUAGAUUCUGAAGUUCUGAUAUAUAAAUCCUUCGACUAAAUUCAUUAGAAUUCAUCCAUUCUUUCGAGAUUGAGGAAUUCCCAAAUAAUGAUGAAUCUCGAAGCAUUCCUGAAAACAACUUAAUAAUCACUCGUCUACAAUUGUAUCCAUUAAAACCAAUAAAAGAUGUGCAACAAUCUAUUGAG